GGUUAAUGCUCCUUUCUUCCUAAUCAAUAUAGGUUAGUGCUCCUCUUUUCUUAAUAAUAAGAUGUCGAGAAGUAAUAAUGUGCAUGAAUAGCAAGUUUUUAAAUUAAAAUCUUAGUUCAAAAGUUGUAGAUUUUUGUCACAUGUUUUACAUACGUCUUUGCUUGUGACAAAUUUUCACACUGAAAAUUAGAUUUACGAUGAUAAUUUGCCACGACUAAAGAAAAUGAGAGAUAAAUUUUUCCGAUUCGAUUACGAUAUUUUGGACCAACAUUCCUGAUUUUUCCUAAAGGGUCAAACCAUACUUUUGAAUCGAAUGUACAUCUAUAGUUAGAUCUUGGACCAGUUGUUGGGGGACCAAAUAGCCAAAACAAAAAAAGAUGAUGUGAACCCACAAAAAGAGUCCAAAUAUGAAAGUAUAAUUGCAUAAAAUCUUCCAUUCUAACAUUAACACCUAACGACAGCAAAAUAAAAAAACAUGCAAAACAGCCUUGGAAAAACUGAAAGACAGGAAAGUCACAAGGAGAAGUGUUUGUACCUUGUAGAGUUGUAGUAAUCAACUAAAAUUGCUGAGCUAUACAUACAAAUCUCUGUAUGUAUAUAUGGUCUGAAUCAAACACUUAAAAUGGAAUAAAUAGAAACAUAUUAAGUUCACCACCUUUUUAUAUCCUUCCAAUUGUUGGGCUUGUUAGAAUAUAUAGGAGAAAAACUCGGGUACCAAGAACAAUGUUGUUGUUGAGCCUCUAGUGCAUACCCAAUCAAUCAAAAUUCUAGAAAAAAACAGGGAAUACCCAGAAAGGAAGAAAUAUCUUGAAACAGAGCAUUGGUUUGUUCAUGCUUUUGCUUUUAUUUGUUGAUUUUGAUUGCAUGGGCUUCAUUUUUUUCUAAGAUUUUGAAUACCCUUUUGAGGAAACAUUGAAAAGCAGAUACCCUUUUGGAGAAAUCAUAAGAAAAUCAGUGGAAGUUGGUGCAUUUUGCUGUUGUUGAUAUUUCCCAUUUUGGGAAUUUUUUUUUAGGGUUCUUGUUUUUUGUUUGUUUUGUGGUUUAUUGAUUUUUUGAAUUUAAAUGGUUGUUCAGUUAUUUGGAGUUGAAUUGAUGAUACACAGAAAGAUUGAUUUAGGUUAGUGGUGGUGGUGGAGAAAAUUAGAUGAAUAUAUAAAAAAAUUCAUUGAUUUGCUUGUGGAGAUUUACAUAGAUAAAGAAAAUGAAGGCCUGGGAAGCAACAGUAAGAAAAUCACAAGCAGUUGCAAGAAAAAGGGCAAAGAGCAUUUUUGCAACAAUGACAGUAGCCCAUGCAGAUGAUACUGAAGUGAAUAGUCCAGUGGAUGGUGGAGAUAUCGAAAAGUCCUUCUCAAGUGGUGAUGUUUAUACAGGCCAAUGGCAAAACAACUGCCCUCAUGGUCAGGGGAGUUUUGUGUGGGCUGAUGGGAGUUUGUAUAUAGGUGAGUGGGUGAAAGGUCAGAUGACUGGUAGAGGUAAGUAUACUUGGGUUGGGGGAGCCAGUUAUGAGGGUCAAUUUAAGGAUGGUUUUUUCGAUGGUGAAGGGAUUUAUUCGGGUUCUUCAAAUGAUAUUUAUAUAGGGAAGUGGAAUAUGAAUGUGAAGCAUGGUACUGGAACUAGGCAUUAUGCUAAUGGAGAUUCUUAUGAUGGUGAUUGGCGUCGUGGAGUGCAAGAAGGGAACGGGAGAUAUGCUUGGCAUUUUGGUAAUCAGUACACUGGAGAGUGGAAGAACGGGGAGAUGAGUGGCAAUGGAACAAUGACUUGGAAGAAUGGGAAUGUGUAUGAGGGGUGUUGGGAGGCUGGACUUCCUAAUGGGAGUGGGAUUUUUCGAUGGGAAGAUGGGAGUUUUUAUGAGGGUGUUUGGAAUUCUGAUUCCAAGGAACAGAAUGGCACUUAUCAUCCUGCAACUGAAGAUGCAGAGGAUUUUGAUUGGGAACCUCAAGAUGUUAUGAUUGAAUUAGUUGACUGUAGAGUAUGUGAAGGUGAAAGUAUUCCGAUAUAUCCUUCACAAAAGAUGUUGAGUUGGCCUACUGGUCAAGAUGGCAAGAGUUUUAAGGGAAGGGAUGGAAAAACGAGAUCAAGGAGAAAGUCGAUUGAUUCUAGGCUCAACAGUGGUAGCGAGACUAGUUGGGGUUCUGAAACUGACCUUACCUCUGAGAUUUCUAACAGAAAUUCAGUAGAUGGAAAAGAAAUAAAUGAAGGUUUAGGGAAUCUCCAGAUUGAUGAUUGGGAUGAGUCCAGCGGGAUCCCAAAAAACAUCAGGAUACGACCUCCAAGGAGACAGGGGCAAACAAUAAGUAAAGGGCACAAGAAUUAUGAGCUUAUGCUUAAUCUUCAGCUUGGAAUAAGGCAUUCUGUAGGAAGGCCUGCUCCUGCUACUUCUCUCGACUUAAAGCCUACAGCUUUUGAUACCAAGGAAAAAGUAUGGACCAGGUUUCCUCCCGAAGGAUCAAAGAACACGCCACCUCAUCAAUCAUGUGACUUCAAGUGGAAGGAUUACUGCCCAUUGGUUUUCAGGACCCUUAGGAAGUUAUUUAAGGUGGAUCCGGCUGAUUACAUGCUAUCCAUAUGCGGGAAUGAUGCUCUCAGGGAGCUCUCAUCACCUGGAAAAAGUGGAAGCUUCUUUUACCUGACCAAUGAUGACAAGUACAUGAUAAAAACCAUUAAGAAGGCUGAAGUUAAAGUUUUGAAGAGGAUGCUUCCUGCCUAUUACAGUCAUGUUCGAGCCUGUGAGAACACUCUAGUGACCACCUUCUUUGGCCUACAUUGUGUAAAAUUGACAGGGUCUGCUCAAAGAAAAGUUCGAUUUGUUAUAAUGGGAAACUUGUGCUGUACUGAGACACCCAUUCACAGGCGUUAUGACUUGAAAGGCUCUUCUCUUGGCCGAAUCACAGACAAACCUGAAUCUGAGAUUGAAGCCACGACAACAUUGAAGGACCUUGAUCUUAGUUUUAUCUUCCGAUUACGGAACCUGUGGUUCGAAGAGUUCUGCAGACAAGUGGAAAAGGACUGCGAUUUUCUUGAACAGGAGAGAAUAAUGGAUUACAGUCUAUUAGUUGGGAUUCACUUCCCGGGAAAUCCCAGUAGAGAAGGUAAUCAAGAAAGUGAUAAAGUCGGAACAAGUCCUCUUUCUACGCCUGGCAUGGAUCGCUCUUCAUCGGGGGAGACGCCAAUUAAACUAGGCGUACACAUGCCUGCCCGGGUCGAGCAAACAGUUAGAAGCUUUGAGACUCAGUUAAUAGGAGAUCCAACCGGAGAAUGUUACAAUGUCAUACUCUACUUUGGUAUAAUAGAUAUACUGCAGGAUUACGACAUCAGCAAGAAGCUCGAGCAUGCAUACAAAUCAUUCCAAUACGACGCGACUUCAAUCUCAGCAGUCGAUCCCAAACAAUACUCCAAACGUUUCCGUGAUUUCAUACUUCAAGUUUUUGUAGAUGACAAUUAGAGUUGAUAUUCCAGGUACAAGUUUCAGGUAGUGGCUAGAAGCCUUCAUGUACAGUCAGUCUCGAGUAAAAUAGCCUGUCAUAUGAAUGGCCAUCAGAGGUUGGUCGGAAGAUCUUCACUGCAAUUUCCGCCAUCAUAUUUAUACUCGACAAAUGUUCAGGCCAUCAGAGGUUGGUCAUAUUCACUGCAAUUUCCGCCAUCAUAUUUAUACUCGACAAAUGUUCAGGCCAUCAGAGGUUGGUCAUAUUCACUGCAAUUUCCGCCAUCAUAUUUAUACUCGACAAAUGUGCUCCCCAGAGAACGCGAGGAUCGUUACAAUGUAGUAGAGACGGUUCAUGUGUAAAUGAGAUACUAAAAGGGAGAACUUUUAAAGUGCAUUCAUUUUGUACCCCAAAAGAAUGUAACGAGAAAAACCAUAGUGAUGUAGGAUUGAUGUACUUGUUUUAGUUGUACAUAAAACACAACAGAGAAGGAUAUAGGAUUCAUUUGUUCCGAAU